AGAUGGCGAAGUUAUUGAGCUGCAUCUUGGGGCCGCGGCUGUACCGGGUUUAUCGGGACAGGGACCCUCCCAGGAUCCGCCGCCUCCGGGAUGUGGCCGACGACCCAUCGCAGCCUCUCCUGGAACCCUCUUGGGAAUCAUAUUACCAGCCACGGACACUUGAAAAACAUGCUGACAGCAUCCUAGCCCUGGCUUCCGUACUGUGGUCCAUUUCCUACUAUUCUUCCCCAUUCGCUGUGUUUUACCUGUACAGAAAAGGGUAUCUGACAAUGUCAAAAGUGGUUGCUAUUUCUCACUACGUUGGGACCAUGAUGCUCUUGCUGGCUGGGAUUGCCUGCCUUAGAGGCAUUGGUCGCUGGACUAACCCUCAGUAUAUCCAGUUCAUUACCAUCCUUGAGGAUGCCCACCGGUAUGGCACACCUGAGCACAAGAAAAAACUUGCCAGCUACAAUUUUGACUUCAGGAGUUGGCCAGUGGACUUCCGAUGGGACGCAGCUACAAGCCGGUCAGAUUCUCGUAAUGUCUCCCUGUUGCGGCCAGAACCAAAGCACCAAAGUGCCAUCAAUGGCCUCCUGCAUACCAUAAAGAAGCUGCCCUGCCAAAUUGCCAGCUUCCUUGUGGCUCACACUUUUGGACGACGUAUGCUUUACCCAGGCUCUGUAUAUCUUCUGCAGAAGGCUCUGAUGCCCAUGUUGCUUCAAGGACAGGCCCGACUAGUCGAGGAGUGCAAUGGGAAAAGGGCAAAGCUGCAGGCUUGUGAUGGAAAUGAAAUUGACACUAUGUUCAUGGACCGGAGAGGGACAUCAGAACCGCAUGGCCAGAAACUGGUCGUCUGCUGUGAAGGAAAUGCAGGCUUCUAUGAAGUUGGCUGCCUGACUACCCCCUUAGAUGCUGGAUAUUCUGUGCUAGGAUGGAAUCACCCCGGAUUUGCAGGCAGCACAGGAGUUCCACUGCCACAGAAUGAGGCCAAUGCCAUGGAUGUAGUAAUGCAGUAUGCCAUCCACCACCUGGGCUUCCUUCCUGAGAACAUUAUCAUCUAUGCCUGGUCCAUUGGGGGCUUUACAGCCACUUGGGCAGCCAUGUCAUACCCAGACAUCAGAGCCCUUAUCCUGGAUGCCUCCUUCGAUGACCUCGUUCCUCUUGCCCUCAAGGUCAUGCCGGAAAGCUGGAGAGGGCUGGUCACCCGAACAGUGAGACAGCAUCUGAACCUGAACAAUGGAGAGCAGCUUUGCAGAUACCAGGGCCCUGUCUUGCUGGUGCGCAGAACCAAAGAUGAAAUCAUCACUACUACUGUUCCUGAAGAUAUAAUGUCCAAUAGAGGAAAUGACUUGCUUCUGAAGUUGUUACAGCAUAGGUAUCCCAAAGUUAUGGGCGAAGAGGGUGUGAGGGUUGUACGGCAAUGGCUAGAAGCUUCUACACCCAUGGAAGAAGCCUCUGUUUAUAGCCGCUAUGAAGUAGAAGAUGACUGGUGCCUGUCAGUACUGAAGUCAUACAAAGCUGAAGAUGGAGGCCAAUUUCCCUGGAGUGUUGGUGAGGAUAUGACAUCUGAAGGGCGACGGCAGCUUGCACUAUUCUUAGCCCGGAAGCACCUCCAAAACUUUGAGGCGACACACUGUACUCCGCUCCCUCCGCAGGACUUUCACCUCCCGUGGAGCUUAUAGCAUCCCCUUUCCCAGGACACUCAUGGCUUCCUAUAUCGGUGUCUUCCUUGCUCAGCUGCCGAGUGCAUUGGCUGUCCCUGCGUGUGUGUGUCUAAAUGUCCAACUGUCACUGCUAUCCUCCCAUCCACAUGCUGUAAAUCUGCCUCCUCUCCCCUGUAAUAUUUAUCCUCUAAACCGCCAAGCCCUUGCACCAUUGUCAAGGGUUCACAAUAAAGAUGGUAUUUUUUAUA